CUUUUCAGAAUACAAACGAUGUAUUUGCUAUGGAUCCUUUUCCAUGUUAUUAUAGCAGGACCAACAGAUCCACCAGACUGGAAGACGUCUACUUCAACAUCUGUUGCUUCUUCAGCCUGUACAACAUCUGUAACAACAAUUAACGCUGAAUCAGGCGACGGUUCCACGGUUCUUUACAGCCUUAUAUCUCAGACUCCAACUGGUGGUGGAUUCACUAUUACUGACCACUUUUCUGGAAAUAAAAUUCUGACGUGUGUCCAAGGAUCAAUAACAAAGGCGUCCUACGAAGUCGUGGUCAGAGCAGAACACGAUGGUGGUAAUGGCCUACAUGCGGAUUUGACUUUGACGAUAACAUUUACAGACGUAGCAUCCGGACCAACAUGGACAUCCGGAACCUCUUAUUCGUUGGACAAAAGUGACUGUUCCGCUUGUGAUGCAGUAGCCACACUUUCUGCUACCUCGACAGACUCUUCGUCAGUGACUUACAGUUUUGUAUCAGGGAGUGGAUUUAGUGUAUCUGGAAGCACCUUGUCCUGUACAAUCACAUCAUUAACGGUGUCAUCACAUUCAGUUGUCGUGAGAGCCCAAAAUACUGGAGACAGUGCGACUACAGAUCAAACAUUAACUGUAACUGUUACAGAUUCUUCGCCAGCAGCACCAACAUGGUCAACAGGAACCUCACACUCGCUGAACAAAGGUGACAGCACCGCUUGUGAUGCGGUAACAACACUCUCUGCUACUUCAUCAGAUUGUACGGCGGUAACUUACAGUUUUCAGUCAGAAUCCCCUUCUGGAGGAUUUAGCGUUACUGGCAAUACACUGUCAUGUGACCUUGCGUCAAUAACUGCGUCAUCAUACACGGUUGUCGUAAGAGCGACGAACACUGGAGAUGGUGCGAAUUCUGAUCUUACAUUGACUAUAACACCAGCAGAGGCUCCCGUGUUUGUAAAGCCUAGCCCGAACGAUGCAGACGACGGCCACCUUAUCGCUUUACUAGAAACAAUUCAAGCAGGCGAAACAGUGCUUACACUUUCAGCCACUGAUGCAGAUACCGAUAACGCAACAUUAACGUUCAACAUGGACGCAAGUGUGAACGAAACAAGACAGCUGUUCGAAAUAAACGGAAGAGAAUUAAAGGUUAAAGCUGGUGUUGCUAAUGACUAUUUCGAUGUAGAGAAAGAUGGAGUUGUGCUUCAAUACCCUAUAGUUCUAGAAGUAAGCGAUGGAGGUUCUUCUACAACUUUGUCAACAACCAUCGACGUACAAGAUGUUAACGAUAAUUCUCCUGAAUUUUCAGGGACGUUUACGACAGAGAUAAGAAACGACGUUCCUGAAGGAUAUACAGUUUUCACCAUUACAGCGACGGACAGCGACAAAACUGCAACAAAUAACAAUGUCACCCUUUCCCUGUCUGAUAUUUCUGCGUUCAAUCUCGAUGGUGAUAAAAUAAAGGUGUCAGCUGGUGUUAUUUUCGACGUUAAGACGCAGUUUAGUUAUACACUGACAGUAACAGCUUCGGAUAAUGCACUUGUAGAUCCUAAAACUACUGACCAAGACUUUAAUGUCACCAUUAAAGCAGCGCCUGAAUUUGUUGACCCGGACCCGGACGAUAACUCGGAAUUACAAAUAAUAUAUAUGUGUGAAACGAUUCAAGCUGGAGACGAAGUUAUGACAUUAAACGCCAGCGACGCAGACACAGAUGCAGCAUUAUUAAGUUUCAAUAUGGAUAACAGUAGUAAUACAACAAAGGCUCUGUUUGAAGUAGUUGGGGAUAAACUAAAGGUCAAAGCUGAUGUUAAUACAACCGUUUUUGAUUUUGACACAGAUAAUGCUGUAAUUGAAUACUCAAUUAUUCUAGGAGUUAGUGACGGGGCUUUUACAACCACCUUAACAACAACUAUUAGGGUAGAAGACGACAACGAUAACGCUCCUGAAUUUUCUGGCGAUACUACUGCUUAUAUUCUUGAAUCAUCACCUGCAGGUACCAGAGUUUUGAAUCUGACAGCGACUGACAAAGAUAAAUCGGCGGAAUACAACAAUGUUACAUUUUCUUUAUCUGGAGCCACAAAGUUUGAAAUCGGUGGAGAUAACAGAGAUGUUAUAUUAGUAGCAAACGGGGCAAGUUUUGAGUAUGAAACAAAAUCUUCCUAUACUCUGACAAUAACUGCCUCGGACAACGCACCGGAAGAGGCCAAAACAACUGACCUAAAUAUAAGCGUCAGCAUAACGACAGAUCCAAAGUUUAAUAAAUUAGAUUUUGCAAAGACGGCAUCUGUCGAUGAAAACGCUACAGAAACAACAGUGAUAUAUGUUUUAGAUGUCACUGACAAAGACGGUACUGGCACAUUAACAGUUUCAAUUUCCGAACAACCGUCACCUGAGAUGUUUAGAUUAGAUGGACAAAGCCUUAAGCCCAAAUCGGGAGCGGCUUUUGAUGCCGAGGGGGAUAAAACGUCAUACCAAUUAAAAUUUAAGGCAUCAGAUGGAACAUACGAGACAGAGAGUGAAGUAUUGACAGUCACAGUCAAUGAUGUAAAUGACAAUCCACCCGUUUUUACAGAACUUAGUCCUGAAGUGAAUAUUUCCGAAAAAGCAGCAGGGGGAACUAUAGUAUAUGACGUGAAUGCAACUGAUGCUGAUGUUGGUAAUCCUAAUAAUACCAUGAAAUAUAGUAUGAUGGAAACUGACACCAGCCACUUUAGAAUAGACACUGACAGCGGGAUUAUUUAUGUGGAAGAGGAUGCGACUUUGGUCUAUUCUAGUAAAGCCGAAUACAAACUCGUUGUUACCGCACAAGAUGGUGAUGGACCUACAGAUAAUUCGGCCAAAACAAAUGUAACAGUUAGACUCCACACCCAACCAAAGUUUAAUAAACUUAAUUCUACAAAGAAUGCAUCAGUCUAUGAAAACGCUACAGACACUACCGAAAUAUAUGUAUUAGAUGUCACUGAUGAAGAUGGUUCUGGUACAUUGACAAUUUCAAUUUCCGAACAACCGUCGCCUGAGAUGUUUAGGUUAGAUGGACAAAGCCUUAAGCCAACAUCGGGAGCGACUUUUGAUGCCGAGGGAGAUACCACAUCAUAUCAACUAAGAUUUUGGGCAUCAGAUGGGACAUACGAGGUAGAGAGUGAAGUAUUGACAGUCACAGUCAAUGAUGUAAAUGACAAUCCACCUGUUUUUACAGAAGUUGAUCCUGUAGUGAACAUUUCAGAAAAGGCAGCUGCGGGUACUACGGUACUCUCUGUGACAGCUACGGACAAAGACCUAACUGAUGCUAACAACAAAAUAAAGUACUCAAUGACUGGAACGGACUUUAGCAUUGACCCAGAUACUGGGGACAUUACAGUGUCCGCUAGUUUAAGCUAUAAAACAAAAUCAGAAUAUGACAUAACUGUCACAGCAACCGACACUGGAACUCCACCAAAGAAUGCAACUCAACAAGUCAAGUUUACCCUCCUCGCCGAGCCGCAGUUUGUCAACCUCACAGAACCUAAAUCUAAAGAUAUAAAUGAAAAUCUGCAUGCGAAUGCAUCAGUGUUUACAAUCUCCGUCUCCGACUUAGACAACACUUGGGAUGGAAAUGUUUCCAUUGUCAGUCAAACGCCACAUGAGAUGUUUAAAAUAAAGGGAAAUAUACUGGAAACAAAGACAGAUGGUCUAGAUGCAGAGAAUACAACAACAUAUGUAUUGAAGUUCAAGGUGAUGGAUGGAACAUUUGUUGUUGAGAGUGCAAACUUGACUUUCAAUAUUUUGGAUCUAAAUGACAAUCCACCUGUCAUAUCUACGGUACCUAAUGUCACUAUAACUGAAAACAUGACCACAGGUACGGUUGUUUUUGAUGUGCAGGCAACAGAUAAAGACGUCACUACCCAAAAUAAUGUGCUUUCUUACACAAUCACAGCAGGGAACGAUGAUAAAGUGUUCACAAUAGAUGCAGUCAACGGAUCUCUAAGCUUAAAUAAAACGUUGACCAAAGAAACAUACAAUAUGGAAGUGAUGGUGUCAGAUAGCGGUAGUACUAUUCUAACGGCAACGACUAAUGUAUCAAUUUUUGUUGACGCCAAUGUGAUUGACGAGUGCUCGACCAACCCAUGUCAGAAUGGAGGCAACUGCUCAUCAUCGGUGAAUGUCUAUAUAUGUCAGUGUGUACCUGGAAAUGCCGGCACUAACUGUGAAAAAUUCUCAGUACAUAUUAUCAUGAUAAUGGAUAGAGACUGUCCAGAUCUGGAGAAUCCUUCCGUAUAUGCGAAAGAAAAGAACAAUUAUGAAAACUCGAUUCAAAGAAGCCUGAAUGUCUCUACGAGAGUGGUUGUUACAAACAUAACAUGUGGCUCACUGCACUUUGAAUCAAAUCUCGAAAUUGAUAAAAAUGAUGCAGAACAGCUUGCCAAAGAAUUAUCAGUUAUAAGCAAUUCUAUAAAAUAUGAUGGUCAGGUCGUCCCUAUUAUUGAGUUUAAAAUCAAUGACAUUCCAGUUAGAAAAUCUGAUACAGAGGCAAAAAGGGUGUGUGAUGCAUAUACAGCAAUAGAACCGUGCGCCGAAGGCUAUGAAUGUAAAUAUGAAAAUGGGCGUCCAUCAUGCCGGAAAAUCGGUGGAGGAGAAGAAAACACUGUUUUGAUACUAGCACUUGGUUUAGGUGUUUGUUUGCCGCUGAUCGUAUUUGCAGUUUUAGCUGCCUGUUACCUUUACCUAUACCAAUACCAAAGUAGAAAAUGUAGCAGCGUGAGAAAGAGUCAGAAUAUUACAGAGAAUGGGAGAAAUCCGAAGACACUAAAAUACAGUCUGCGCGAAAAAGGCAGCUGGAUAAAGGAAGAAAGUCCAUGGCAUGGCAGAAUGAAACAAAGCGGAUUCAAAAUUGACACCAGACAUUACGACAGGAACCGUUUUAACGAAAAUGCAAACUAUGAGAACAACAUUUAUUACAAUAGACAUUAUUAUGAUAUGCCAGGUCUAUGGUAUACGUCAGUAUAAACUACAAUUACAGUAGUUUAAAGGCAUCGACCUCCAGAUUUUGGCUAUAAAUGAUUUCUCUUUCGGAUUAUAGUUUUUGUUUCUUAACUAUUUCAAAAAUGCCAAAUCAUUGAAAAAAGAUGACAGCGUCGGGAAUCAAACCCGGGCCGCCAUGUCAAGAAAGAAUUUACACACUGUCGUUACCAAUACCGCUAUGGCGGAUUGAGUGUUUUAAUGCUCGUUGAAUAUAGGUAUUCAUAAUCGAGACAGUAUUACUCGAGUAAAGCGUAAUAGUAAACGCCGUAAAAAGUGGUCUAGAAAUUUAUUCUCAUGUGUUUCUGUAACGUGUAGUCUGCCAGUAAUUAAGUUUCAAAGCAUUCUUAAGAAAUAUAGUAUUAAUUUCAGGUAUCUGAAAAAAUCCCUCUUUUCUGUUGUUAAACGAUCUGGAGGCCAGUGCCUUUAAAAGUAAAUAUCUAAACUGUCACCCAAGUUGUGCAGUUAAUUUUUGAGGUCUGAAAUGUUUUUGCCAGUAGGGAUAAUAUUACUGAUAGGUCUGUUUCAGGCAUCGUACUUGCUUAAUAGCAGGAUAUGAAAACGCAUUAUAAUGAGACAUUAUUCAUGUAAAUUCUAUAUACUCACCUAUUACGUUGGUUUUACUGAAAUUGUCUAUUUUCAGGACAGCAACUGCAUGCUUAGAAAUACAGAAUUCAUCAUUUCGCGCAGAUCAUCUUGACAUUAAGUACUGGUAAUGCUCAUGGCUCAUCUGCAAUUCAUAAAUGCUCCUUUAGUUUCAAUACACUGUUGUAUUUGUAACCAAUAUUUUAUCAUCCCCCACUAAAAGUAUAGGAAUAUAUAUUUGGCGUUGUCCGUCGUCCAUCCGUGCGUCCAUGAGCCCUUGAAUAUGUUCGAAAGCGAAAAUGCUUGUUAUUCGAAAGGUAUGUUAGCUACAAUCACAAGACAUCACACAAGAAUUUGUUAACUCAUGACCUUUGUUCACAUAUAUUAUCAUACCCCUUGACUUAGUAAAAGUAGAAUGUUUUCCUUUUUUGGUACAAAAUAGGGAUUUAUGACUCUAAGUAACCUAUUGAUGGAUCUUCCAGAAACCACACAAAUGUCGAUCACUUCAUUGCGGUAGUGCACAUGCAAAACAACUAUUGCUUUUUAAUUGUUUUACAGUUCAUACAUUUUUAUAUAACAAAAUAAUCUACAGAUGGAUCGCCAUAAUCAUUGCUUUUUCCUACUUCCUGUGAUACCCUUUACUUUCAAUCUACCCCUUACCAAUUUUUGUUUUCAAUUUGAUAAGAUGUACUUAUUGUUGGAUUUUUUUAAGCAACCCGUCUGCUAUAUUUAUUCGGCUAAAGUCUCUUAUUACUGUGGACCUGUGCAAUGCAUGAUUCACAGUCUAUGCAUUGUUCUCUGUCUGUGCUUGGGAUGUUUUGUUACUCUUGAUAUAUUCAUUGUUGGGGAAAAGAAAGUUAUUGCAAGUGAAAUUCUCUUGGUGCAGUAAUAUUUUAUUGGCUAAAAAGUAAUAAUCAGUUCAUAUGGAAUGGUGUUCGAAGUAUUUGCAUAAUUUUUUUAUACGCCCGAAGGGACGUAUUAUGUUAUGGUCCCGGUGAACGUCCGUCCGUCCGUUCGUCAGCAAUUUCGUGUCCGCUCUGUAACUCUUGAACCCCUUGAAGGAUUUCAAAGAAACUUGACACAAAUAUUCACUACACCAAGACGACGUGCAGAGCGCAUGUUUUGGAUGUGUCAUUUCAAGGUCAAGGUCACACUUAGGGGUCAAAGGUCAUAUGAGUGUGUUUCGUGUCCGCUCUGUAACUCUUGAACUGCUCAAAGGAUUUCAAAGAAACUUGGCACAAAUGUUCACCACACUGAGAUGACGUGUAGAGCGCUUAUUUCGGAUGACUAGCUUCAAGGUCAAGGUCACACUUAGGAGUGAAAGGUCAUAUGAGUGUGUUUCGUGUCCGCUGUGUACCUUUUGAACUGCUUGAAUGAUUUCAAAGAAACUUGGCACAAAUGUUCACCACACUGAGGUGACGUGCAGAGCGCAUGUUUUGGUUGACUCGCUUCAAGGUCAAGGUCACACUUAGGGGUCAAAUGUCAUAUAUGACUUUGCUUUGUGUAUAUUGCUCUGCAUUGCAGUGCUCGUUUUUAUUUUGCAGAUCCUUUUUUGUUCUCUUACAAAAAUGUUUGUUUUUGAAUUACUUCCCUUUUUGUUACUAUAAAUAGCUUAUUUUGAAACUUUUUUAUUAUUGGCCGUAGGGAAAAACCGAGACCACUUUUCUGUGGUACAACAUGGAUGGUACAACCAAUUUUUAGAUGUAUUUUGACAUAACUUUAACUGGUAAGAAUUUUUUUGUGGACUUAAUGUUGUUGUUUUUUUGGAAUUUCUUAUUUUGUGUUGUUCCUGUCCUUUGGGCUUCAACAGUCAAGUUCUUUAAAUUUUGCCCCCAUCCUCUGAUGUAACCCUUCGGGCAUAUAUUGCCCCGCUUGGCGGCGCUCUUGUUCAAAAAAAUUCAGACAAAAUAUACUUAGAAAAAUAUAUUAUCCUCACUGUGUUUCUAUGAUUUUCUUUCCAAAUAGUUAAACUUGUUCAUUGUUAACUUACAGAUAUUACUGUGUGCUUUUGUUGGUAUUGCAUUACUCCUAGUUAUGACAUAUACUGACUGACAUCAUAGUAUGAUAAAACGUAUUACAAAAUUGGGUACAUGAAUUGUAAAUGCGGGAUGUUUGUAUUGAGAUAUAUAAAGAAAUUGUUCGAUUUGUAAAAAAUAAUAUUUACAUAUAAUGCUCGUACAUAUCUUUCCUCACAAAGUACUUGUCUUUCCUCACAAAAUUUACAGCUAUUUCAGUUUGCAUGGAAUUGUUUGAAUGAGCAUUCAUAUACAUAUGGUAAAUAUGCGUUAUACAUGUUUCUAUCAUCUUUGAACGUUGACCUUUAAAAUAUCUUCGAUUUUCCGAGUUGGCGUUACAAACAGAAAUGAGCCUAUUGGGAGAGUUGAUGCAUACAUGAGGAAUGGAAAUACUGAUUUAUCCUUCAAGUUGCUUGAUCGUAAAAGGCGAGUGAGAGGAUUCGAGCAUGGCAGUCAUGAAAGUUUUGAUUCCAUACCUCAUAUUCUAAUUUGAUGUAAAUAAGAUUUGUAAUCAAAUAUUUAAAUAUGUACUUUGUUCGUGCGCCGUAAAAACAAAAUAAAAUCAAACAGAAAUAAGACAUUACACGAAUGUUCUAAUACAUUUGUUUUAUUCACGACAACUUGAAAUUGUUUCACACUUAGUCAUUAAGUUUUGUCUUUGUUCUGUUUGAUUACAAUGUAGAUAGGUAUUUUGUUUGCGGAGGCAGUUUCUAAUUUUUUGUGAAUGUGAAAUCACAUCUUACAGUGCCAAAUGUUACAAAGUUCUUUUAGAAUUCCAAACCAUUUGAGCGAGUUAGUUCGAGAAAACUGAAAUUCUACUUAAAAUGAUAGGUUGUGCAGAUGAGUCGGACUUGAAUAUAUCUUCGAUAUAGCCGGAAUUUCGAGAUAAGAAAGUUCGAAAUAUCGAAUCAUAAGUGUAUAUUAUGAAUAUUUAUUUUUAUCUUGUAAGUUUUAAUAUUGAUAUUUAUAGUAUCACAUUAUAUACAAUUCAUAGUAUUUUCAUGCGUUAGACUUGUAUGACGAUUAAUUGUACAGUAUUAAAACGUCGUCACAUGUUACUAAUAUAUUUUAGAUUAGCUGUAAACAAGCAUUGUUUUGUAAAAAGUAAAUAUUUAUCAAACAUUGUCGUUUCUUUUGUUUCACUGCCACAUUUGUAGGAUUAGCACAAAAGAGCAGUUAUUAUCAGAUUAAUUAAUGCUAUCAUCGAGUUUCUUGAUUUCUUAUAGACAAUUGUGGCUAAAAACCUGAGGCACUGAAAUUCGGCCAAACUUAGAACUGUCAACUAUCAAUGUUCAUUCAGUGACAAGAAACCUGAUAUUUAGUUAACUUGAUUAUUCAAUUUAAAUCAGUGUGUGUUUGUCAAUGUCUCAUAAUAUAUUUAACUCAUUUUGCAGAUUAGUUGUAUGACUUUUUAUAUCUGCCCCACACCGAACCUUUAAAUGGUUAUGAAGCGCUGGAGAAAAUGAUAACCACAAGAAAUCGUAGAACUGUAAAGUAUUUUGCACAAGCUUUCACUGAUUUUGUUUAUUUCAUAAUGAUAUGAAUACACAUAUCUUUCAGACCAA